AAAAAGAGAAUUAAUAUCUAUACAUACAUACAUAUAUAUAUAUUUCCUUGCAACUCAACACACGCUAAAAUAUCUCUCAUAUCAAAGCCUACUCAUAUCUUUAUUGUAUACAUUCAUAUCAUUUUAAUCAACUUUCCAUCGCUUGCUCCGUUUGUGCAACUCUAAUGACUCCUUAAAUAUAUUUAUUUCUUAUUAAUCUAUUAUUUCUAUUUUUACCAUAAACCCAUCUUAACAUUCUUAUAUGUGCCGUAUAAUUUAUUUGUAUAUACUUAAUCUCUCUGUACGGUCAUACAACACUGCAUGAUUCAUUCCAUUGGUUCAAAAUGUAAUCCCUAACUGAUAUCAAAUAAUAGGAGGAGCACCAAUGUCAAAAUUUACAACCAUUGUACCUCUUUCAUGUGUACUCAAAAUUAACUAAUUUUUUUUAAACAAAAAAUAUUAUAUAAUGCAACAUUUUAUAUGAUAUUUUCACAUCCAAAAAGAAAGAAAGAAAGAAAGAAAGAAGAUCCCAUUUACCUCUCAUACUGAAGACCGUCAGGCCUCAGCUUCACAUGCAUCUCUCUCACACAAUUGGCGCGACCUUUUCAUUCAAUCAAUUGGAGAAAACCUCGAUGGCUCUUCUUCGUUAUCGUAUCGGAACCGGCCCCUGGUACUGUAUUAUUAAAAUGUUUGGUUGUUCCAAUCACGAACGAAGAUAUUUCUACAGUCUUUUCUUUCUUUCUUUUGGGUAUACAUUAAACAAAGCAGGUUGCUUUAUUGACCUACUUGGUUCCCAUGGAAGAAAGGGUGGAGCUGAAGAAGUUAGCAUCGUGUGAACCAAGCAAGCCGCAAAAUUGGAUUAAUCAUAAACCUCCAAUUGAAUGGUCAGGCCCUUAAUAAUAUAUCCUGCUGCAACCUCUGGUCGUCACACAAGCCGAGACGCAAGACGAUGGUUUCAAAGAUUAGCAUCGUACUCUUGGUUGCCAUGUUUGGGGUGGCAAAAUCGCUUGCUGAGCCCUACGAUUUCCCAGACAGUGGAGUUGCUCCCGAUCUUUCCUCCUCCCGGGGCAAUCUCGAGGUCUCUGCACCGAAGCCGUCUGCUUUGGGCCGCCGUAUCCUCCGCCCCGGAGCAUCCCUCGCUGUGAACAAAAACCAGGCUCCAUCCCCUGCCGUGCCCCACGCUCUUGCCCCCUGCCACGAUGGUUCUGGAAUGAGCGAGUCACCAGCAGAAUCUCCUAAAGAGAUGCAUUCACCAUCUAACCAUUCACUCCAUGAAGAGGUUAAAUGUGCUGGCUGUAAGACUCGCCCCCCUCUCGGAUAUGACAUAACCCCUCCAUCGAAGCCAAAGGUUGACGGUGAGAAGGGAAAACAUGGGUAGAAGAGAAACGGUAGGGCUUUUUCUUUUGUUGAGAGCAAUGACAUGUACUCCAACAUUACAGAGAAUGUCGUCUCUUGAUACCUGGAUAUGAUCGUUUUUAUAUAGAGGUCUGGUCAGGAAUGGUAUUUGAUGUAGCCGUUAUGGCUACCAAUAGCUAACUAGCCCGGGCCAAGAACCCAGUAAAUGGAUCUUAAUGAUGGCGAGUCUCCUAGUAAGCCUGCAGUUACUUUGCAUGACAAAACAAGCUAAAUAGGGAACGUUUAAGAGGCUAUCUGGACAAAAUGCAUAAAAUUUUAGACUUGUAAUGCCACUUCUAG